AUGGGUUGGCCGGCGAUGCGUGCACCUGACGGACGGCUAACGCCUGGCGGACGAUCAAUGCCAGAGACGGACCUUGUAACCACAGACCUUGUAACCACAGACCUUGCAACCACGGACCUUACAACUACGGACCGGGCGCCCGCGCACGGGGCGCCCACGGACGGGACGCCCAGGGAUAGGGCGCCGAGGGAGCUCUCGGAGCCAGCGCACACGGAUCGAUCAGAUGGAUCGCGCGUAGAUCUGUCGGAGAGGCUGCCGCGGAGCUACCGGUACAAAGAAUCUGCCUUAAGUUCGGCGGAGGUCCCGAUGUUGUCACCAGCGCCUUCGCCGCCGGCGAUGGGGCGGGAGCCUGCAGCGGUUGAGUGGAAGCCGCCGCUUGAGCGCACGUUGUGGAACUGCGUCUUUUGUUUCUUGACGAACACGGACCUGCUGAUGUUGGGUCAUGCACAUGUGGACGGCGUGAGCGAACUGGCCAAGUUGUACCUGUUCAACUGUACCGUACUCGAUUCCGACCCUUCUGAUACUGAGCAACCCGGUGGCCUCCACCCCAACCACGUCUUGGUCACUUUGCCCCUCAGUUACAGCGGUAUCCGACUUGUCUCCUUACCGGCUGCGCCCACGACUGCGGAGGCUGCUCCCACCACCACCACCACCACGGAGGCUGUCCCCGCCACUAACACGGAGACUGCCGCCGCCGGCACGGAGACUGAAGGGGGUCCUAGUGCACACCGGAGUGGAGAUCGGACUCCCGAGCUUGAGGGAGAGCCAGUGGCCGGUAGCGACCGCUCGGGGGUGGAACGCGUGGGGGAGCGAGUGUCAGCGGUGGCCCACGCGACGGCGUUGGUGGACAGUGAUGCAAUGGCGGGUCGAAGGUCCCAACCGGCGAAUUCCCAGCCCUCUGGUGGUCGUUGUUCGACAGCAGGCAAGGGCGCCCACAACGGCGAGUCGGGCACAGCAGAGUCGGUCUCGCAGUUGGUCUGGGACGAUGCGCUGCUGGAUGACCUCAAGACCGCGGGAAACUAUUCUCUACGUCAUUUGACGUUGGACUCGGAGUUCUGUCAGCUUUCAGCCAAGCUCCGUAAACAACUUUUGUACCGGUGCCAUCAACUCCAGACCCUGGUGGUGAAAAAGAGUUUCUACAACUGCCCCUGUCGUUGCUGUACGUCGGCGGGUUUGCUUUCUAAGCCAUCAUUGUUGCGCACUCCGAAAGUAGUGGGUGGUAAAGCCGGGCAGCGGGACAUGGCGCAGCAUGGUACAACGCAGCAUGAUUCGCACCAUGGGGCGCAGGACGAUGGAGAACAGGACGCGAGAGGGCCUGAAAGAGGAGAGGGGGCGGAUGAAGAGCUGACGCUUGAGGAGUACGCCUUGCAGCCUAGCACAGUGACGUCAUCUGAGGAUGAGGAGCGAGAUCAGAGCGGGGAGUUCCUGACGGCUGUGCGUCACGCAGCAUUGCGACUCGCAAUAGUCAUGCAGGUUAUCUACCGGAACUACCGUUCUCUGCGGUGGAUAGUGGUGGACGGGCCUUCGAUUGCGAUGCAUAAGAUUCCCGACAACGAGUUGAUACAAAUGCCGGCGGCUAAGUGCAGUGUGGAUAAGGGUGGCAGCACACGUUUCUUUCAGGAGCUGGAAAGCGCAGAAUUCGGGAGAUCUGUGGACUGCCGUUACAUUGUGCCAUUCUUGGACCACUGUGGCUUCGCCAAGUUACGGCGAAUUCGUAUUGGCCGUUUGCAAUUAACAUAUACGAAGGCUAAACCACUGUUUGGUGUGCUUCCUGUAAUUGUGUUUGCGCCUCAAUAUUUAGCGCGACAAACAACCUGUCACUCGGCCCCCCAUCUGCCAGCCCUUUACAACGGAAGUGUAGAUGAUCAGUUACGGUUUCAAGGUCUUGGUAUCUUCUGUUGUGAUGAAUACCGCUAUGAAGGAGAGUUCCGGGACGGUGUUAACGAUGGUUUUGGAUGCAUGUCCAGCAUUUCAGGUGAGCAAUAUCUAGGCUACUGGCGCACCGGACAAAGAUCCGGUAAAGGCAUCGUCAUCCAGGCUAGCGGUGACUCCAUGGGUGGCGACUGGAUAGAAGAUGCCCUAAGCGGCAUCGGAUGGGCAAGAACACAUUCGGGCCUCACUUACUACGGCCAAUGGCUCUGCAGCAACUUCGAAGGAUGGGGUAUCAUUUCUUACAAAAACACCCUACUCAGCUAUGGCCUCCUAUCCAAUGGUUACUUCGGCUACUGGUCCAGGUCUGUCAAAGCCGUCAAAAUUAAACGACCCAAGACUGCCACUGGGGAGGGACCCACUGGGGAAGGACCCACUGGGGAAGGACCCACUGGGGAAGGACCCACUGGGGAAGGACCCACUGGGGAGGACCUCGUCCUGGUAUGGGAGGAGCAUUCUCAUGACCAAUUUGGCACGAUCGUGAAAUGUUUCCAAGUGUCUUUGAACAUUCCUGACUCCUGGAAGUCUGUUUGUGGAGAGCUGGUUACGGGAUUGAAUUGUAACGAACUUGACCGAGCCAAGGAGCUGCUUAGAGAUAUUGAACAAGACUACCAGCCCAGCCCGCUCUUCCUUGAAUCGCCGAAAAGGACCCCCAACUAUCUUGCUCCCUUCCGCCACGGCUUCCCAGAAGAGGAGUCGCCGCUGUCCCCGUCGGCCGCAGCGAUAAACCGGCUGGGAACGUUGAAUGGAAUUCCGGUUACUUCGCCAAUUAAGCGACUCUCCAUCAUGAACAGCUCCAAGACGCCGAUAAACUCCAGAACGCCACUGGGCUUGCGAACCCCCGCCUGCCACGGCUUGACCAGCCCUCUGGCGGCCCGUCUAGUUCCUCCAAACGGCAUCGUUUUCAAUCCCGGUCGACCCUCGGCUUCGGGACCCUCCGGUUCGGGACCUUCCGGUUCGGGACCCUCCGGUUCGGGACCCUCCGGUUCGGGACCCUCCAGUUCGGGACGGGUCUCAGAACAAGGGCGGACCGAUGCGGGGCGGGCGACCGACGAAGAGGUUCAGUCACCAGGAGCUCAUGUCUCUAGCUCCGCUCCGUCCCCACCUUCAUCCCCGACCGCGUCGAGCCCGCUGUCGCCGGAGUCGACCGGGAGUUUGGUGGAUUCGACCGUUGCUCGGGGCGCGGCUGAACGGGAGGAACGCGACAGGACCGGAGGGGAAUGCGGUGCUGGGGGGGAGGUUGGUUUCUCUCCAGCCGGUUCCCUUGUCGGUUCCCUUGCCGGUUCCCUUGCCGGUUCCCUUGCCGGUUCCCUUGCCGGUUCCCCAGCCGGUUCCUCGGCCGUGUUCGGGUCUUCGUCUGCGCUGCGUGGGUCUGCUGCGGAUCGUCCAGUAUCGCGGACGGCGUCAUCGCGGCAUCCAGCGGUGGACGCGAUGGAGGAGAGCAGUACAUCACGGAUUCGAGAUAUGGUGCGGAGUGAGACGAACACGUCUUCACUGGAUUGUUUGGAUGGUGGCAGUGUGGCUGAGGAUGUAAUGACAAGUUCCCGGGCUGGUCCAGGAGCUGGUCCAGGAGCUGGUACAGGAGCUGGUCCAGGAGCUGGUACAGGAGCUGGUACAAAUGUCCCACCGGAAGAUCCACGAAGUCGUUCAGCUUUAGCGCAAGCUAUGGAGGUAUUCCAGACAGUGUUAGAGUUUUGUGAAGGUGAUACGGAUAGGUGUGAUCAAGUCUUUCAAUUCUUUAAUGAAUUCACGCUACGACUCUUCCGCAGAUUACAUACCGAUUGGUUGCGAGCUAUCACACCCGAACUUAAACGCAAGCUCAAGAACAAUGCACGGUUAAUGUCGCCAUUACCGGUUCCUGAUGCCUCCGAAGUACCUGAAUGGUUCCGAGAAGACAUGCUCACUCGUUUUGGAAUACAACCUGGACAACUGAGACUGGACAGUGAAGAGGACACAAUUAAAUUUCUGAUUGAGACCCGAAUAAAGAAAUGGCAUGAAGACGGUGCCCAAGACGGGCUCACAAACCCUGUUUAG